AUGGGGAAUAAAUUUAUCUUCAACACCUACCAGUUUGUUUUGGCCUUGGCUUUUGCUAUUGAAGAGAUCAAUGAAAACCCUCAUCUUUUACAUAACUUGACUCUGGGAUUUAAUAUCUUUAAUGCUCACAUGGAAGCUUGGAAAACAUUUAAAAAUCUCUUCAUGAGCCUCUUUGGGAAGGACAACAUUCCAAACUACUCUUGUAUGAGAGAGAGCAAGUCUAUAGCAGUACUGACAGGACCAUCAGGAUCAUUAUCUGCCCAGAUUGGUAUAUUGCUGAACCUGUACAGAUUUCCACAGCAUACAUUUGGGCCUUUUGAUCAUGCCCUGAGUGACCAUAAGAACUUUCCUGCUCUCUAUCAGAUGGCCUCAAAGGACACUUCGAUAGCCAUUGCCCUGAUCUCCUUACUCCUUCAUUUCAGCUGGAACUGGGUUGGACUAUUGACCUCACAAGAUGAGAAUGGCUUGUGGAUUAUUCCUGAAUUGAAAGAAGAGAUGGACAAGAAUAAAAUUUGUGUAGACUUUGAGCUACAAAUCCCAGCCUCUGGCCUGGAAUAUGUUUUUAAAGUCAUGGCACUUUACAAACAGAUUAAUAAAUCUUCAGCAAACAUCCUCAUCAUACUUGGAGAUAGUGAAGGCAUAAUAGAUGUGAUGAGGUGUAUUGAGCAAUUUUUAAUAAAAGGCAAAGUUUGUAUCAUGAACUCACAGCUAGAGUUCACCACGAGGAGGAAAUAUUUUGUACUAGGUUCAAUUCAUGUACCUCUCAUUUUUUCACACCAUCAUCCAGAUAUUUUAGGUUUCACAGAUUUUGUCAAGGCAGUUAACCCUUCCAAAUACCCAGAAGACUUUUUCCUAGCGAGACUGUGGUUUUUCUCUUUUAAUUGUUCAGAUUCAAAGUCUGACUGUGUAACAUGGGAGAACUGUCCUCAUGAAGCCUCCUUCGACUGGCUGCCUAAGCACAGUUAUGACAUGACUAUGUCUGGAGGCAGUUACCAUAUAUACAACGCUGUGUAUGCUGUGGCCCAGGCUCUCCAUGAGAUGCUUCUUCAUCAAACAGAAGCACAAACAGUGGGAAAGAGGGAAGGGGCAGUGACUUCCCCUGCACAGCUGCACUCUUUUCUGAAGAACAUCCAGUUUCACAAUCCUGCUGAAGACCAAGUGAUUUUGGAUGACAAAAGGAAACUGGAAGCAGAGUAUGACAUUGUAAACAUAUGGAAUUUCCCAGAAGGUCUUGAACUUGAGGUGAAAGUAGGAAAGUUUUCUUCUUAUGCUCAGCUGUCUUUAUCUGAAGAUAUGGUACAUUGGGCCAUAGAAACUACAGAGCCUACUCACUCUGUCUGCAGUGAGAGUUGUGAUCCUGGAUUCAGGAAAUCCCCUCAGGAAGAAAAGGCAGCCUGUUGCUUUGAUUGCACACCAUGCUCAGAGAAUGAGAUUGCUAAUGGGACAGAUAUGGAGCACUGUAUGAAGUGUCCAGAUCAUCAGUACGCCAACACAGAGAGAAACCAGUGCCUCCUAAGAGCUGCACGUUUCCUGGCUUAUGAAGAACCCUUAGGGAUGGCCUUGGCCUGCAUGGCUCUUUCUUUAUCUAUACUCACAACAGUUGUUCUUGGGGUCUUUGUGAAACACAAGAACACUCCCAUUGUCAAGGCUAAUAACCAGGCUCUCAGCUACAUCCUACUCAUCUCCCUCAUCUUCUGCUUCCUCUGUUUCAUUGGCCGUCCCAACACAAGCACCUGCAUUCUACAGCAGACCACAUUUGGAGUUGUGUUCACUGUAGCUGUUUCUGCUGUCUUGGCCAAAACUGUAACUGUGGUUCUGGCCUUCAAGGUCACUUCUCCAGGGAGAAGGAUGAGGUGGCUGCUGCUGUCCGGGGCUCCUAACUUCAUCAUCCCCAUCUGCACUCUGAUCCAGGUCACUUUGUGUGGACUCUGGCUGGGAACCUCUCCUCCCUUCAUUGACACAGAUGCACAAUCUGAACAUGGCCACCUCAUCAUCCUGUGCAACAAGGGCUCCCUCACUGCUUUCUACUGUGUUCUGGGAUACCUGGGCUUCCUGGCUCUGAUCAGCUUCACUUUGGCUUUCCUGGCCAGGAACCUACCUGACACCUUCAAUGAAGCCAAGUUCCUGACCGUCAGCAUGCUGCUGUUCUGCAUUGUCUGGAUCACUUUUCUGCCUGUCUACCACAGUGCCAAGGGGGAAGUCAUGGUGGCUGUAGAGAUCUUCUCCAUCUUGGCAUCUAGUGCAGGGCUACUGGGCUGUAUCUUUGCCCCCAAGUGCUACAUAAUCUUGUUAAGGCCAGAUAGAAAUUUUCUGCUUGGCUUCGGGGACAGAAGUCAUCCUCGGAGAAAUAGACCCUCUUAA